ACUGUGUUUAAAUCGACAGUAGCCAUCCAGCGCAGUGCAGCCGGAGCCCCUCUGACCCCGGGGGCGUUAGGGGUCUCGCUGCCCGCUGUAGCAGGCAGGGUCCCAUGGAGGCAGCGGGGCUCUGGGAGCCCCUUGCGCCUCAGCCCUGCGGCUAGAGCAAUUCAGGCUCCGGCUCUUUGCAUUCCGGGCCGCCGUGCUCCCUACGGCGUCGACGGCGCUGCCGCUGCCUCCCUGGUGGGCCCGAGAGCUGCUCCGGCCCCUACAGCCCCGCCGGUCGGGACCGGCCCCUUGGUCUGCGGGCCAAAGCUCCACGCAGGGCUGUGUUUUCAGCGCCACUGUCCAGGCGGCCCCUGGCCCGGCUGCGCCACCGGGAGCAGCUCCCAACCCCCCGGCGCCGCGCCUCCCCCCGCGCUGCGACUCAUCUCUGGUGUCCCUUUGCUUUACGCUAGAACGUAGCGGCAGCCCAUUUCUCAUGGAAAUCGUGCUUUGUGUAACUGAAUUGACACUCGGCCUUGAUACCUGUAUCUCCUGAUAACUGAAACAAAUUUCUAAAAUAAAUAUUGUACUUUGAUCUUCCAGCCCUGCAUUUUUAAUGACAGCUCUGAACAUCACUUCAUUAAGAAUACAUUUCAGGAGACUGAAAUGCUCCGAGUUUGAACACUAAUUAUUUGUACAGAAAAUUAUGACUGCAACGUUUCAUUUUUCAGCCCAUUGGUUUCUUCCAGAAAUGAGAAUUUAUUCUCGAUUUUUAGGUAAUGUACUUUCUUGGAUGCAGAUUUAUAGCAUUUGUAGUGUGGCAGCUGUAUAGAAACUUAUCCAGUUUUCCACUAACUCUUUUGCAACUUGACAAAACAUUUUGAUUCGUCGAGAUACCUGGGGAAAUAGCGUACUUUAGAGAAUGGAGGGAACCUUGGGGUAUCAGUGUCUCCUGAUCUACCUAUCCCCUCUCAUUUCCUUUAGAAACAUUGUUCUGAGUAUUCAUCUGGUAAUUACUAGGUAAAACGAAUUUUUAAAAAUCUAGGUAGGGGUUAAAUCGGGUAUCUCUCAUAUGUCUGGACUUGACAUAAGUUUGGGGAUACAGAGGUUUAGGGACAACGCAAGCGCGAGCGCCGCCGUUUCGUUUGUCUAGCGAGUUAUUGCUCCUCCGGGAAGCAGAGGUGCGGGUCGGGCUCCCCACGUGGGGUUCUCCCUCGGCUCGGGCUGCCCCAGCUACAGCUUAGACUCGAGGGGACAAGAAGUGCGCUCCUGCCGCGAUGCGGCUGUAGUGGCGCGGCUGGAGCUUGGCAGUGAGCGGGGGUCACCCGACGGCUGCGGACGGGGCUGCGCGGGGCUGCGCCUGUGUGCGUGUCCUCCCGGCCGCGCUGCCGGCCGGGGCUCGCUGCCGUUCCCCGGUAGCCGCCAUGUCCCGUGUUGACGUGGCGCAGCCCCCGGCGGAUCGCUCAUCGGCGGUACUGGGAGGUGUUCGUGUCUGGUGGAUGGAAGUGCCGAACCCCGUGAGCCCCGCACCCGUGCAGGCGGACGGGGAGCUCUAUCGCCCGCAACCUCACACCCUGGCGGGAGCUGCUGUCGGGCCGCGGGGUCCUGCAGCAGCGGCGAACCUUGCCUCGAUGCAUCAGUGCGUGGUAAAAGCGCUGGAUGCGGGACCCUUGUCUUCCUGUGGCCGGCCUGGUAAGCAGGUACCUGGCACACGGGAAGAGCUUGGUACGACUGCUGCGUAGUGUUACAUGGGGUCGAGCUUUUUCUCCCCAGGAUUCAAUAUGGAGCCGUGGGAGAGGACUUGGCACUUUAAUCCCUUCAAAGAAACCGAUCUAAUUCAAGCCCUACAACUCUUGAAAGUCUUUGAGCGGACAGUGAUUGUUUCCACAGGAAAGGCAGAUAAAGAUCUCUGUGUGCUGGCGUUUAAAGGGACUUCAGUGGCGGUGCGAAUACAAUUGAACCCAGCGACUGCGGGGAGGAUCGAGUUACCUGUGCAAACAGCUCCGGAGGACCAGAGCCAGCCGGCAUCUGCCCCCACCUCCUCAAGACGGAGAUGAACGUCCUGGUUUGGUACCUGGCCAAACAGGCCGGCGUUUGCGAUGGCGUCGGAGCAGAUGGGGAAGCGGGGAGGAGAGGAGCGCGUUUCCAGGGCCCCCGGCGGAGCGCGGAGCUGAGCGGGCCCGCGGAGAGGCGCGGGGCCCCGCCUGCCCCUUGCUGGGCGGCACAUGUGAGGGGGCCCGCCAGCUCUGCAGCCCACUGAGCUCAGCAGCCGACGGGGACGGCAAGCUGUGACCCAGAUGUGCCUGGUGCUGGUUAGAGGGUCAAUAGCCUCACACAUGGUCGAACGCAAGGCAGGUUAGAUCCUUCAUAUACACAUGCGUAUAGAGAUGUAUAGACAGAGGCCGAAAGGUGCGGGAUGAAGUAACAAAGCGCUUGGGGCCGACUUUGUCUUUGGGGCAGGAGGUGAGAGCAGGGAAAGCAGAGACGCGGUAGCAGCGUUCGUGCUCCCGAGGAGCCACUGCGAUGUCCGCUCCCCGCCAGCGCAAGACAGGCCGGCUCGGCAGGCCCGCCAAGAGAGACUCCGGUCUUCAUUUAAAAAAAUUAUGUCUCUUAGAGCCGGCUCCCGCCAGGGAAGAGGAAACUUUUCCUCUCUGUUUCCCGGCUGCCCCGUUUGUCGGUGUGUCUGUCUGAGAGAACGCUUGCUGCUCGUGGCAGCCUACCGCUCCUCCCCGGGCCCGGCUGGGAGCCUGGCCUGGCCCCGCGCCAGGCGGGGGCUCCGGGUAACAAGGGGGCAAUGCCGGCUGAGCGAAGUGAAACAAAUCCAGCUACCAGAGGAGAAAAUGCGCGGUUAUUUGCCGAGUCAUAUCGAGGGCAUACCCCUCAGCCUCGGGGGAAGGGCGGGCGGAGGGAGGGAGCGGGGAGGAACCACCGACAAUUACUCCAGGCAAGUUUUACGGCUGAGAUCGACCAGCACCGACCAGGUGAACUCGCCGUGCUAUGUUACCUUCAGUCUUUAAACACUAUCAGAGGAAUCCGGAGGCAGAUUCCUCGAGCGAUAACAAAGACGCGUUGUCACUUUAGAGCUCUGCCACAAAUUUAAUUGCAAAAUAAAAAAAAAAAUGUAAAAAAAAAAAAUAAAAAAAAAGAGGGAUCCAGUGUCUUGCACAUCCAACGCGAGGGUCUCUAGGCGGUAAGGGGUCCUUUGAUCAAGAAAAUCCAAUUAUUUGUGUAUAUACAUUUCCCACAUAGUGAUUACUUCAUUAAUUGUCCCGCCUUUAUCUCCUCCCUUCCCAUCCCCCCUAAUAAUCAGUUCUUUUAUCCAGACCAACAAACACACCAUAGGAGCUUUGUGGAUUCAAAGGAUUUGCUUUCGCUUCUGAAAGAGCCGCUAUUCUUUGAUGAUUGGGUAGCGGCAAACUUCAAAGCCAUAAAUCUUCCCUCUGACUGGUUGGCGGCCCGGCAAAGUCCUUAUCAAAUUCUUGGAGGUGAUCCUGGUGCAGUCAGACAGUCCGCGGAGAUCGCGCAGCGCGGGGGGGUGGGACGCGCACGGAGGCGAAGAGAUCAGAAGGAAAGGGAGAGAGAGGGGGAGAGAGAAAGGAAACUGGGCAGCUUCUCGUCUUCCCCUCGGCGUCCUCAUGCCUCGGCAGUACCUCGGCGCCUUCCCUUCGCCCCGGGCGCAGUAGCCAUGGCCGCGGUGGCUGUCCUCCGGAACGACUCCCUCCAAGCUUUCCUUCAGGACCGCACCCCCAGCGCCUCCCCAGACUUGGCCAAGCACUCGCCCCUGGCUCUUCUGGCCGCUACUUGUAGCCGGAUCGGGCAGCCGGGCGCAGCGCCCUCGGAUUUCCUGCCGGUCUCCUACGACCCGACGCUGGGAUCCCCCUCUAGGAUCUUCCACCCGUGGAGCGGCGAGAUGCCAGCGCACUCCCCAGGAGGGCUGCCGCCGCCGCAUCCCAGCUUGGGGUUGACCCCUCAGAAGAACCACCUGCAGCCCUCCUUCGGAGGUUCUCACGAACUGCCCCUCACCCCCCCGGCGGACCCCUCCUAUCCCUACGAGUUCUCCCCUGUCAAGAUGCUGCCCUCCUCCAUGGCCGCCCUGCCGUCCAGCUGCCCGCCCGCCUACGUCCCCUACGCCGCCCAGGCCGCCCUGCCGCCCGGGUACUCCAACCUGCUUCCGCCCGCCCAGCCCUGCCGGCAACUGUCGCCCAACCCGCCGCCCGAGGACAUCCCCUGGUGGAGCAUCCAGCAGGCCAGCGCCCCGGGCGGCUGCGGCCACCGCUUCCCCGCAGCGGCGGCGCUGCCGCGGAGCCUGGUGCUGGGGCACUCGGACUUCGCCCAGUACCAGACGCAGAUCGCCGCCCUGCUGCAGACCAAGUCUCCCCUGGCGGCCACGGCCAGGAGGUGCCGCCGCUGCCGCUGCCCCAACUGCCAGUCGGCCGCGGGCAGCGCCCCUGAGGCGGAGCCGGGCAAGAAGAAGCAGCACAUCUGCCACAUCCCCGGCUGCGGCAAGGUGUACGGCAAGACCUCGCACCUGAAGGCGCACCUGCGCUGGCACACAGGCGAGCGGCCCUUCGUCUGCAACUGGCUCUUCUGCGGGAAGAGCUUCACCCGCUCCGACGAGCUGCAGCGGCACCUGCGGACUCACACGGGCGAGAAGCGCUUCGUCUGCCCCGAGUGCGGGAAGCGCUUCAUGCGCAGCGACCACCUGGCCAAGCACGUCAAGACCCAUCAGAACAAGAAGCUGAAGGCGGCGGCGGACAGCGUCAAGCGGGAGGACAACCGCGACCUGUGACCGCCGGGACAGCCGGCGGCUGCUGCCUCUGCGGGCCGAGCCGAGCCGCGGCUGGACCCGGGCGGGGGGCGUUUCUCCGCCGGGGCAGGGCGGUGGCGGCAGGCAGAGGGUGACCGGCGCUCGCACUCUCGCCGGGCACGGCGAGCAGUACCCCGGCCGGGGGCUGCCUCCGCGGACCCUCAGGCCCGGGACUGGACGCUCAUGGGGCCCCAGGGCCGCUCAGAGACAGGCGCCCGGCCCGGCCUGGAGCGCGGCUGAGGAGGGGGCCCGGGCGCUGGGGCACGAGCGGGGCCGGCCCGGUCCGGCCGCGGGGGUCGAGGCUUAGAGACACCUGGGGGUGAGGUGGCAGCGUCGGUGUGGCCGUGCUGGGGCUCGGCCCUCGUGCUUUCAGGGUAACAGACUGAAGUUUUGUGUACAGGUUAUUUAAUAGUUAAGUUUGAAUACACGUGUUCCCCUCCGUCUUCAACCCCGCGCGGCGUCUAGCAUGAGAUGUUUCUGUAAAGCGACCCGCGACCGCAGCGUGAAAUAAACACGUUCACACCGGG